UGUCUUCAUCAGAGAAGUGUGACAGUUUUGCACCAUUUCAGGCAAAAUUAAAACACUGUGAUGGUCCACUUCCCGCAGGUAACAAUUUCUUAGGGUGUGUCCAGUAUAGAGAGGUCAAACUGAAAGAGUUUGUUGUCACAUCCAAACGAGGUAACAACUGUGUAAAAAUAGGCAAGGACAUUUGCUAUGUGAGAAAUAUCCUGAAAUGUGACGAGGAUAUCUACGUUGUUUACCAAACGUUCUUGUCGUCGGGAGCAUUCUUUCAGUAUCCCAUAGACUCCAGGCGCCUUGAUAUUCACACAGUAUCUGAUGUGAAUGAUCAGCUCCUAGUUUCUAGAAUACAGAGUGUCAAAGGGAAAUAUGUUCUGAUGCCUUACCAGGGGAACUUUGUUGCAAUCCCAAUGAUCCAUACACGUGCAUAAAAGUAAACAAAACAUGUGCAUUAACUUUCAAAAAUAAGAAAUUCCACAACCUUUGCUGAUGUACCAAACAUAGAACAUCCAUUCACAGUUAAGUCAGUAAAGCUGGGACGUGGGAUGAUUGCACACAUCUCCUACGUCCCAGCAUAGCCGAUGGGCUUGAAUAACUGCUACUGUAGCUGUUUAGUAAGUGUCUUUGCUUGCAUUUAGAAUUUAUGUCAAAAUCUUUUGAUUUGAGACUUUGUCUUUUGAAAUCUAUCCAGGUUGUUUUAUAAAUGAAAGUUUGCUCUUAUAGCCAAAAUGUAUGUGGUCGUCGUCUUUGAAGAAAGCAACGAGGUAGAGUUAGUUGCUUCCAAUUGGCUGCUGAAUCAAACCAAAACCUACUGGCCUCCACUUCGCUCUACUGCAGCUGUUAAGGCAGUAAAGGAGCGAAUUGAAGCAGAAACAACAUGGCCGGUAUACAGGAUCAGGGUGUUGGCUGCUUGUCGUAAGUAAAUAUUGAUUUCCCUUAAAUUCUCUUGUCUUUUCUGAAGCUGAUGUUACUGAAUUGAAAUAUCAUAGUUUUGUGAACACUUGAAUUCAUAGAAUAUAAAUUUUAUUUUACCUGUUUCUACAGCGCAAAUGUUCUAGGAUGAUGUUAUAUAUCUGCAGAUAGCUAUGAAGACGGUAGAAGAAAAUUAAAAGUUGCUGAAGACACUUCAGACAUUCAAACAGAAGAGGAGGACUCCUGUGGUAAAGGAGCGAGAAAACGAAAGCCAAAGCAAGUUUCCUCCAGUGAGGAUGAGGAUGACGACUAUGAACCACCCAGACCAAAAAAAGUGCGACCUGCUGUUCUACCACCAGCUCCACAGCCACCAGAGAUUUCAAUGCCUUCUACCUCGGCAGUUACUGAGGUGGUUACAGGUAUUUCCCUCUACCCGGACAACAUUAGCAUCAGUACAUCAUCAGCACAUGCAUCACCACCAAGACCUUCAACUUCUGCCCGGUCUUUGUUCAGUGUCCAUAUGCCAUCAUCAGAUUUCCCAAGGAUCCCAGAGUCAAGUACCACUGCUACUCACAUCAGACAGUCAAUGCCAGGUACUAAUGAAGGGUCUCUGAUCCCAGGACUUAUAUCUCCUGAUUCAGCACGAGUGAAUGCUAAGGAUAGGGCAAUCAUUAAAGCCAUUUCAUCAGUGCAAGUUGCUGUGGAGAGAUUGGAAAAAGAGCUUGCUUCUCAACGGAAACUCCUCAAUGAAAUCUUGCUGAAGGUGUCCAACAGUGGAACACCAGUGGACCUCCAGGAAGAUGUACAGUUUCCACUAACUGAUGAGGCCGCCCUUGAAGCUCUUGAAGGCAGACUGAAGGAAAAGGCAUUUAGAAUGUCUUUGGUUGAUCGCCUAAAGCUUAUUGGCGGAAGCACCGUAAAGGAAACCGUCCAAAGAACCAUGAAGUAUGUCCUUGGACAUACUAUUGCUUCUCAAUAUAACUGGCUGGGACAAAAAUGUUGGAAGAACAAUGGACCAAGCAAGAAAGCAUUUGCUAAUUUUCAGCUAUGUGCUGCAAUCACUAGAGCUGUUCUCAAAAAUCCCCUGCUUACAACAGCAACAGAAAAGGAGGCUCACAGUGAGAUGAUGCUUUGGCUGAGAAAUUCGGGGGACAGGGACGGGGGCCGAAAGAAAAGGCUACUGGCUAAGGAGGCUGCGGUCACCACUCGCGAUAACAUGUCUGAGUAACUGCAAUAUGCUGUAUAUGAGAUCAUAUAAAAGAUGUUUUACUUUA